UCAAGUUUAAGUGAGAGAAGGAGAUAUAUAACCAUCGUCUCCACCGAAGGGACAACACAUUUAACACACGGACACUCCAGUUAUGGCGGAGGAGAGGCUUCUUUAGAAUACCAGCAUCCCACUCUGGACAGGAUCCUGGCACCAUGAGGUGACGACUGUGACAUCUUGUACUUUCCCAACGCAGACUUAUGGCAAGGAUCACUUUUUCCUGCCUGCCGGCCUCCUGGUACUGCAGCGUGUCCCUGCUGUCUUUGGGCUGUGCUCCCAGACAGAGGCUGCUCCUGCUGCUGAUCCUCUUCUUCACCUCCGCCCUCCUCCUGCUGGGAACCUACCAGAGGCAGCUGUGGGGCAGCCAGAGGCGACCCGACGCCCACUUCAACAAGUAUCUGUCCAUCGCUGAGUCCAUGGAGUCCACCGACGUCCUCAACAUGGCUCUGAAUUACGGCAUCGUGGUGGACUGUGGCAGCAGCGGCUCCCGGGUCUUCGUGUACUACUGGCCCCCCCACAACGGGAACCCCCACACCCUGCUGGACAUCCGACAGAUGAGGGACCGCGAACGCAAACCGGUCGUCAAGAAGAUUAAACCUGGUAUCUCCACUCUGGCAAAGACGCCAACGCAGGCCAGCGACUACCUCCAUCCUCUCCUCAGCUUCGCCGCCGCUCACGUCCCGAAAAACAAACACAAGGAGACGCCGCUCUACAUCCUCUGCACCGCCGGCAUGAGGCUGCUGCCAGAGAGCCAACAGACGGCCAUCUUGGAGGACCUGGUCACCGAUGUUCCUCUGGAGUUUGACUUCCUGUUUUCACAGUCGCAUGCCGAGGUCAUCUCAGGGAAGCAGGAAGGAGUGUACGCAUGGAUCGGUAUUAACUUCGUGUUGGGUCGCUUUGAUCACGCUGACGACGAGGACGCCACUGUCGAGGUGACGACGGGGUCGCAGAACCAGCAGCCAAUCAGCAGGCGGCGCACAGUGGGCAUUAUAGAUAUGGGCGGAGCCUCGCUGCAGAUCGCCUACGAGGUUCCCAGCGCCAUCACGUUCAGCUCACCAGAACAAGAGGAGGCGGGGAAGAGCGUUCUCGCCGAGUUUAACCUGGGCUGCGAUGUGGAGCACACGCAACACGUGUACCGAGUCUACGUCACCACCUUCCUCGGCUUUGGAGGAAACAUGGCCAGACAGCGUUACGAGGAUCAGCUACUCAACAACACACUGGCUAAGAACAGGUUUCUAACCGCACAGACCGGCCUGAGUGAGGACAAGCCCUACCUGGACCCGUGUCUGCCGGUCGGUCUGUCAGACACGGUUUCCCGGGACAACCGCACCCUGUACGUGAGGGGUCAGGGCGACUGGGCUCGGUGUCAGGAAGCCGUACGACCCUUCCUCUGUCUGCACAACGGCACCAUGUCACCCGGAGGUGUCUACCAGGCUCCGAUCAACUUCAGCAACAGCGAGUUUUACGGCUUCUCCGAGUUUUUUUACUGUAUGGAGGACGUGCUGAGGAUCGGAGGACAGUACGACAGCGAGAAGUACUCCAAGUUCGCCACGGACUACUGCUCCACCAGGUGGUCGACACUGAAACAGCGUCUGGACAACAAGCUGUUCUCUCAGCAGGCCGACAUCAGCAGACUCAAGACUCAGUGUUUCAAGUCGGCCUGGAUGUACGAGGUGUUGCACUCCGGUUUCCGUUUCCCCAGCGACUACCCGAGUCUGAAAACCGUCAAGCUGGUCUAUGACAAGGAGGUCCAGUGGACUCUGGGAGCCAUCCUGUUCAAAACCCGCUUCCUGCCUCUCAGGGACCUGCAGCAGGAAACGUUACGGCAGAACCACCCGAACUGGCUGCGCUCCUCCUUCGUCUACAACCACCACCUGUUCUCCCUCUGCAUCCUGGUGGUGGUGCUGGCCAUCCUGCUCUACAUCCUGCGCCUGCGGAGGAUCCACCAGCGGGAGCAGCGGCAGACCGAAGCCCUCAACCUGCUCUGGGUGGAGGAGGGAGAAGCUCUCCUCCCCUGAUCUGGUCUUUUCCUCCAGAUGUUCUCAUGACCUCCGUGAUGUGUUAGCCGUACUGUAUCUGCACACCGCGACGAUACGAGAAUGUGAACACACGGAGGACAGAUAUAAAAGAUCCUUCUCACGGGCGGAAGGGUGUGUGAGCUAGCUGAGGAGGAUUUAUGAGAAGGGGACCCAAGAGACCGCAUCACAGCACAUCACAGACGAGCUUUAAUGAGCCUGGAAACAAACUCCUCUGUGUGUACUCUCUUUGAUCGUGCAGCUUUUUAAACUCAAAGUCCAGAGCUCAGGCUGGAAACUUGUUCUCCGGGUUCAACUUUUAUUCUCAAGAAAGAAAAAAAAAGAAAGAAUCAACUCAUCAUCAUCAUCAUC